AGGGGCUUCAUAGUAAAGGGGGUGAAUACUGCACGCACCACUUUUCUGUUUUUUAAUUUUAAUGUUAUUUUUUCACAAUUUUGUGAAAUCCAAAUAAAAAAACAUUUAAAUGACAUGUUUUAAUGCAACAAAAUAGGAAAAACACCAAGGGGGAUGAACACUUUUGCAAGGCACUGUAUAUACACGCUCAAGAAGUGAGGCUCCCCAGAAGCUGUGUUUGGACACCAGUCCCCUAGAGUGGAGUGUGACUGAUGUGGUGCGUUUCAUCAGGACCACCGACUGUGCUCCCCUGGCUCGCAUUUUCCUGGAUCAGGAGAUUGAUGGACAGGCUCUGCUCCUUCUCAACCUGCCCACGGUGCAGGAGUGUAUGGACCUGAAACUGGGACCAGCCAUAAAGCUGUGUCACCAUAUCGAAAGGGUCAAACUGGCAUUCUACCAGCAAUUUGCUACGUAGCUGAGGGUUCUAAAAUAAGAGAAACUUUACAUAGUCAGUAACCUGAAAUGAUUCCGUAACUGAUCUACCACUGGACAUCCUUUGGACUCUGCACCCAGGCCCAGCACAACAGCAGCAGCAGUCAGGCAUGGAUAUCAGAUGAUUCAAGACUUGCAUUGUUUCUUUGCAAUUUCUACUGUAUGGUCAGAGAGGGGUUUACCCCGCUUUAUUCUAGGCAAAGACAUCUCACAUGGAUAUUCAUAUUCAGGUUUGUCACCGACAGUCUCAAAAUGACUCCUGGUUUCAUUUGAUCAACAUGCAAGCAUGGACAAUGCAAUGUUCUAAGCACAAAAGAGAAAUAAACCACUGUACUAUAUUGUGGUAUGCAAAGUGUAUCUAACAGGGUGUAUUUGUGUAUAGUGUACAUAUUUAAAAGCUAUUCUAGUACAACAGGGUGAUUAAUGGUUAUAGCUUGAUUUUCUACAAAACAUAUUUGCUUUGAAAGUAUUUGUGAAGGCCUUCAUUCAAAACAGCCUUUUUGUUAUCUCUGAAAAUGAUUUGAACUGAUAAUCAUAUUGAAGACAUUAGGGCCUGUGGUAAAAGCAUUUAGGAUUGAGGUGUUUUUGGAGCAGAAAUCAGAUACAUUUUAUAGUUUUACCUUUUUCCUACAACCCUCGGUAGAUUACUGGGUAUUGUGUGGUAUUUUAUUUUCGUUAGCCAACUAACUCUUUGCUGUGUUUUUAGUUUCCCUCGUUUACCCGGCUCUGCCACUGAGAUCAAAUAUAUUUUACAGGAGAUACAAUUGAUUAAUUUGACUGUAUAUGUUUGUGGAAUAUGAUAUUUAAGAGAAUAUGGAAUAAAAGCCUGAAUCUCUUCCUCUUGAGAUUCAUGAUCUUUCCUACACUUCCCAUGAUGCCGUUAAUUGUGUCACGUCGAGCACAUGAACCUUCACGUCUUGUCAACAUGAGUGGGCAGUCUGUUCAGACUCAGAAGUGAUGUAGCUUGAAAUUCCAGUGGUAAAUUAGCUAGCUAUGCAACGAAUGGACUGGAUACUCUGGUCAUUAUUCAUAGAUUUUAUGCUAAACAGCUUUUUCAAAUAAAAUCUGGAGUCGUGAAAAGAUCAAUAUCAUGCAUUUCAUGCAUGCAGGAGGGAUCAAUUGCAAGUAACGUUACUUGGACUGGACCAGACUAUGUAGCUAAUUUAGCUAGCCUAGCUAAAUUACCGGCGUUAGCAACUACCUGCUUCACCCUGGAAGCGUUAGACUAGCUAAAAUGAUAACUGGUGGUUUGUACCUGACGCGAUAUUAGCGCAACACAUUUGUAUUUACUCAAGGCGCUUGAUAACAUAGCUAGCUAACGUUAAGUGGUACAGAAAUAGCCUAAAUCAGCUAGCUUCAUUUGCUAGCUAAAAUGACAUGAAGAACAUGCCUUGGGAUGACUCAUCUUUUACCCGACUGAUGUUAAAUGCAACUUUGUUGUUAAUGUUUCCGUUAGUAAAACAUUGAGUAGCUGCAUGCAUGUAAGUGUGGUAUAUGCGUGAAGUAUCCUUGUCCAUACUUGCCUGUGUAUCUAGCUAGGCUAACUAGUUCACGUUAGGUAGGGACCCAAGAUGGGUUUUGAUUUGUCGUAAAAGAAGAUGCUGACGCAUGGUAUGUAUCUCAUCCUUUUAUGGCUUUUCGGGAAUAAUAUUAUCAACAAUGGCAUUUGUUUGCUGACACUGGCUACAUAGGAAACGAAAAGAUAUGGAUCCGCAGUUAAAAGGGAGAAUAUUCCAUUACUAGUGGCUAGUUAUCGUUCUCUGUUUUGCCGAGAUUGUCUGCAUAACUAGCUAGUCGAUUGCUAGCUGGAUGACGAAGACACCCAUUCUAUGUGGAUGAGACAUUUAAAUUUACGUUAUUGCUUGGCUAUCUACCUAUAUGCCAUCGCCCCAACAACCCAUUUUUUAUCUGGUCAACUAUGGCGGUUAGCGGGGUGAGUCUCCUUUCUCAAGCCGGGGACGUGGCUGCACCGGCCGCUAUGUCCUCUUCCAAUACGUCAGUGUCCGCCAGUCCCACGCCAGAUGCGGACACCCGUGGCUGCGAGAACGGUGCCUUGAUGGACUCUUUCGGCAUCUUCCUGCAAGGCCUGCUAGCGAUGGUGGCCUUCAGUACGCUGAUGUUAAAGCGCUUCAGGGAGCCCAAGCAUGAGAGAAGGCCCUGGAGGAUCUGGUUCCUGGACACCUCCAAACAAGCCAUUGGGAUGCUGUUUAUUCACUUUGCCAAUGUCUACCUGUCUGACCUCACAGAGGAGGACCCCUGUUCACUUUACCUUAUAAACUUCCUCCUGGAUGCAUCUCUGGGUAUGCUGCUUAUCUAUGCCGGGGUGAGGACUGUCAGUGCCAUUGUAGAGUGGAGGCAGUGGGAUGCUCUACGCUUCGGAGAAUACGGAGAGCCGGUGCAGUGCACUGCGUGGGCGGGCCAGUGUGCUCUCUACAUCCUCAUCAUGAUGUUUGAGAAGGUCCUCAUCAUCCUGGUCCUACUCAUCCCCCAGUGGAAGAAGCUGGCUCUCCUGAACCCCAUAAACAAUCCUCAGUUGGAGCUGGCCAUCGUCAUGCUCAUCGUCCCAUUCUUCGUUAAUGCCCUGAUGUUUUGGGUGGUAGAUAACUUCCUGAUGAAGAAGGGGAGGACAAAAGCCAAACUGGAGGAGCGGGAGGUGGGGGAGGAUGUGCGGGGCAACCGUAAGGUGCGCUACAGACGGGCACUCUCCCACGACGACUCGGAGUCUGAGAUCCUGUUCUCGGCUGACGAUGAGAUGGACGACUCAGAGGAGGAGGAUGUGCGCCGGCUCACCGGCCUCAAAACGGUCAAGAAAAAGAAGCACCGUAUGGGGAUCCCUGUUUAACCUGGUCCUACCCAGGCUGACUUGGUCUAACCCACUCCUAUGUCCACUCGCCUCACUUCACGUCCCCACUCUCUUCCUCUCCAGGCCCCGCUGCCCUGACUGGAGCCUCCUGGGAACAUAUCGUCUAGAUUCCUCUAACAGCAGGCUAGCAUUGGUCUCUUUGUGAGUAGGGCGCCUCUGUAGGGAGGUGGGAUCUUGGAGGACUGCAGAUCAUGGGGACUAUUGGACUGCCUUUACUACACAUUUGCAUGGGACUCCUGCAGCCUCUACACUGGGAAUAGAAACACUCGGGAAAGUAUUUUGCUGCAGCUAACCACGUCAGAUUCCACCAUGGAUCUAUCACUUAUGGUGGUGACACUCAUUGAAGAAAUGAAUUGUUAUGAUUGUGGAAAACCGUUAACACUGGUGUAUUAUAGGAAUGUUUGGGACUGGUUGAGUGGGUGACGCAGUAUAAUUGCUAGCACCCCUUCACUGUGGUUCCACACGGACUCUUAAGAGGCCACGGAUAAUAUUAACUGCAUCAGGUUAAGCUGUGAAUGGUUGUUACUUUUUCUGUGGUUUAACAGAUGACCCCUGUUGGAUGUAGAGGGAGAGAACAGGCACCUGGGAUUGCACUCGGUAUUUCCCUUGCCUUCAAGCAAACCUCUGUCAUUUUAACAUUUUAAUACAUUUGAUACUUAUCUUCCGAAUCUAAAAGUGAUUGUAUUCCUCAUUUAGAUUCCGUAUAUAAAAUGUAUGUCUCUUCCUCAGCUAGGCUGACUGCAAUGGCCUGUUUAUAGGAGUUGGUGGAGGUGUGCGUCUGUCUGUGAACUUCUCAUUCAUGCAUGUGCGGGAAGUUUAGGAUGAUGCUCCUAUGGAGGCUUUGCUCUGUAAACAUGCAGUGUUUUAUAAUAACACUCACAUUUCUAACUCCUAAGCCUAUAUCAUGACUGCAGAGGGAGUACGGGUCAGGACAGUGCAGCUUGGCUGUGUGUGUCUCAACCAUGCACCACCCAACAUUAACCUAAGGGACUGAGACCCCUAUCCCACUGACGGUACAGCCAGGCUUUUAGGUCUGCAGGCCUGGAUCGGGCCCUUCUCUCCCUGUGUGUGUGUGUGAGUGAGUGACUUAGCUAGGAUCUCUUCUGUUACCUCUUUAUUCCUAAUCUUUGGUGUGUCCUGUUUAUUUUUUUUACACUAAGUUAUUUUGGACUAAAACCAUGAGACUGAACCUACACCAUGUGUUCUUAAUUCAGAGACUGAAUAGAUAUGGGACCUGAGGGUGUGUCCUCACAACCAAUGUUCAAACUCUCUGCUCUUGCCCCCAUCACUGGUCUAAGGAUGUUCUUUGUUUGUUUUGUAUUUUUGUAUUUGUUUUGUUCAUUCCUUGUUUUUGACAAUGUGCCUGUGUGAAUUUACCGUGUUUGUGGAUGUUCAUCUUGUGCCUCAGAUCUUCAGACUUGCAGUAGCAUUCAGUUGGUUUGGCUCAGAUGUUGAGAACUUGACAGAAGCACAGACCUCUAGACUGGGAGUGACUUUUGGGCCGGUGUACAACCUACAGUACAGUGGAGAGCAGUGCGGGUAUGUUUGUAUGUUUGUGUGUGCAGUGUUGUAGUACUCGAGACUGGUCUCGAGACAACAUAUUGAGUGUCUUGGUGUCAGAUACAUUUGUACUCUGUCUUGACUCUGUCUAGAACAGUGACGACUGGUAAUUUCUUUAAAAGCUAAACAUAAUUAUCAACUUCCAUUCAGUCAGUACAUAAAACCACUUCGCCAGGCCAAAUAUACAGUGUAUUCAGA